AUGACGCUCAAAAUCACGCGAAUUCAACGCCUGAGUGCCGUAAUCGGCAUCUCUUUAUCAUUCUUCAUCGCCGAAAUAUCAGUUGGCUUCUAUACAGGCUCAUUAGCCCUCGUGGCUGAUGCUUUCCACUAUCUGAGUGACAUCGUUGGCUUUGCUGUUGCUCUCGCUGCUGCCAUUGUCGCAGAGAAAGCCUCAGUACCUCCGUCUUUAACAUUCGGCUGGCAGCGAGCGCAACUACUGGGUGCCUUCUUCAACGGCGUUCUAUUACUUGGCCUAGGCAUCAGCAUCUUCCUACAGUCUAUUGAAAGGUUCAUCAGCUUGCAGCGAGUUGAAAACCCCAAAUUGGUCAUGAUCAUCGGUUGCGUGGGCUUUGCCCUCAAUCUGAUUAGUGUAUCAUUUCUACACGAGCAUGACCACGGCCACGAACACAAGAUUGGCCACAAUGAUCCUGAAGACGAGCGCGAGAAUCACGAUGACAAUGGCCAAAUAAUUCCAGAGGAACCAGCCCCUGUCAACAAGAAGCACCUCACCCACAAACACCACGCAAAUGCGACUUCCCUCCAGCCUCAGAAGAACUUCGACCUUGCUCUGAUGGGCGUCUUCAUCCAUAUCAUGGGCGACUGUGCGAACAAUGUCGGGGUGAUCAUUUCAGGACUGGUCAUUUGGCUGACCAACUACGGCGGCCGGUAUUAUGCCGAUCCGGCCGUCAGCAUGGCCAUCGCCAUUAUGAUCUUUGCCUCUUCGUUGCCCUUGGUGAAAAGGGCCGGGCUGAUUCUGCUUCAAAGCGCCCCCGAGGGUGUUGAGCAAGCCCAUGUCAAAUCUGAUUUGGAGCAGAUUCCUGGAAUCGCCGCGGUCCAUGAGCUUCAUAUUUGGCGCCUGGACCAAAAAAAGUCUCUUGCCUCGGCACACCUCGUCCUCGAUGAGAGCGGCGAUCAAGCUGAUUUUGAUGCGCUGGCUAAAACGGCAAUGGAGUGCUUCCACGCCUACGGUAUUCACUCGGUGACGCUUCAACCAGAGAUUCUUCGAGGCCGCACGGCAGCGGAACAGGCCGGGAACUCGUCGGGUCUAGAAAAGGCCCGAUUUGUUGAUUUAUUGCCUAGUUUUGAAGUCGCAAAUCAUCUCAUCAACCUCUACAUGUCAACCUACGAGACAACGUUCAGAGUGGUGCACGAGCCCUCUUUUCUCCAAGACUGGGCAAGCUUCUGGGACUCGAGGCUAGAAGAUUCGAGACGAUCCGGGUCGGAGGACAUUCUUCUUGCAAAAUAUUUGACGAUGAUGGCUUGCGCAAGUUGUCUCGCCAAUGACACUUUUAUUCUCGCCGCGGGCUCGGACCAGACGGCACUUUCGCAACUCUCCCAUAAAUGGCUGCAAGCCGUCGUAUUGUGGUUGGAUUCGAUCCCAGAGCAUGCUCUCCUAGAUCUCCACGUCAUGCAAGUCAAGUGCUUGUUGGUGACGGCUCGUCAGGCCAUCGCAUGGUCCGGCGAUCUCGUCGGUAUCAUGGCGGGCUCGCUCAUACGAGAGGCGGUCAUGAUGGGACUCCAUCGUGACCCAGCACUCUUCUCUAACAUGUCCCCGUAUUGGGCAGAGACUCGUAAACGCCUAUGGCUGACGGUUGUUGAGACUGAGCUUCAGCUGUCGCUCCAUUUAGGCAUUCCUUUGGCACUUUCGUGGGAAGACUUUGACUGUCCGUUGCCGAUCAAUAUCGAAGAUGAGCACUUUUCACCCAGCUCCACCUCGAUGCCUCCAGAGCGAGACAUUUCAACUCUCACAAAGACGACUUUCCAGAUUGUUCUAGCCCAGAGUCUACGAGUGAGAAUGGAAAUUUCGAAACUGAUCAAUCGCGCUCGGCUUAGGAUGGACUCGAAUGAAAUCAUGAGUCUCAGUGAUUCUCUGAUGAGCAGCUUGAACGAGGCCCCGGCGCAGCUACGCGACGAUUCUGGGACAGGAGACGCCAGAAACUAUGCUUUCCAAAGAUCGUUUUAUAUGUUUCUCAUAUGGCGUUCCAUGCUGGCGCUUCACCGGCCAGUCUUUUUGAACCUGGUCGAUGUCGGGAAAGAAGUUUACUCUGUCUCGCGAAUGCAUUGCGUCCAGGCCAGCGUAGCCUUGUUGGCGCAAUUGGAGCUUGUUUCGCAAAUCUCGGCUGAUGUGACACCUCGCCCAGUCGACAUGUUUUUGCCACAUGUACUGCGCCUGAAAGGGGGGCUCUUUCAGGAUGACAUCUUCCAUGCCGCGCUUACUGUUUGCCUGGAACUCCGUCUCGAGCUGAAGGACAACCAACCGUCGCUCCUUACCGGCCGAAUCUCCAACCUCGUCAGUCAAAGUGCCCUAUUUCAUCGCAAGGCGUUGUUUCAGAGUAUCGAGAAUGCUUUGGAGUACUUCAAGAACAAGGUACAGUGGGAAGCUCGCGCAUGCAAGACCUUUACCACUCUGUGCAUACUCCACAUGAAUUUGGAAAGCCAGUUUGCCACGCGCGCUGCACCCGUGACCAACGGAGGCGCAUCAUCAAGCCGGCCGGCUUUGAGUAUAGAGGAGGCCUGUCCACUGGCUUCCCGUCGUUGCCUCGAGUUACUCGAGGGUACCAGGCACAAUAGCCACCGGAACCCGAUCCACGAUGAAGAUGACGACGCAUCUUUGCCAAAUUCCGGUCCAGACGAGGUGGUUCCAGGUAGUGCUCCUUGGAAUGGUGACAUAAUGACGGAUAUGUCGAAUAAGGAGAUGAGGGAUCUCGCUCUGGCAAGUGUUUACAGCAAUCCGGCCGGCCUCAUCCUCGGCGGCGGCUUUGCCUCCGUCGCGGCCCGUCGCAUCCUGGCUGCUUUCCUGACGGGUGGUGAUAUCGGUACUCUGCUCGCUGACUACAUAACCGCGGGUCUGCAGGUCACCGUGGGCUCUUGGAGCAGUCGGAGCGGCGUGAAGCCCUUGCGCGGCCAGGGCCACUAUAUUCCAGGUCAGAGCAGUGCCUUUUUGGCUCAUUGGUUUUGUCACUUACGAGAUAGGAAAUAG